CUCAACAUCACUACAGCAGCGCUCCAUCACUCGCAACGUGGAUUUAACAUUUUUGAAAAUAUCUGUGAAUUAACCGCAUUCUCUUACGGGACAGUGCAUUCUUCUGCGUAUAAGAUCUGGCAUUAAAAGGCCCAAUGUGGCCAUUAACAUGUGGCGAUACAGAAUCAGAACCAAAAUGGAGCAUCUUUCUUUUAAUUCAGGAAGUCGACUCAAAGGAACAUCAUCAGUCAAGCCUCUCUAACGUGGAAGCUGAGCAUUUGACCUCCUCUUAUCUCAAGGCUCUUCAGUCUGUUUAGAAUUCAUCCUAGUGCCCUUAAACAGGAUUUAGGAUAGCAUGUGUCAGGAACCUCAAUGGCCUUACCUUCUUCGCCCAUAUGGUUAUCACCUAAAGGAUCCAAUGUUUCUUCAAUGAACUCCACAUCAUUUGCAGGAAAAAAUAAUUAAGGAAUUUGAUUUGGUUUAUUGCACAAGGAACCCUUGUGAUUGCAUAAUCAUUUGCUACCAUGCCUCCCCUUUGCCGGCCCCAUUGUAUACUAUUGCUGCUCAGCACCAUCUUGAGCCUCGGUUUAGGCCUGGAGUUCACAGGAUCCAAGGGUCAGUGGGCACGUUAUCUUCGCUGGGAUGCCAGCACCAGAAGUGACCUCAGUUUUCAGUUCAAAACCACUAUAUCAAAUGCUUUGGUUCUCUACUUUGAUGACGGAGGAUACUGUGACUUUUUGCUUCUGACCAUUGAGGAAGGUAACCUGAAGUUGCAUUUUAGCGUGGACUGUGCAGAAACCACAAUAACCUCCGACAAGAUGGUCAACGAUAGUCGCUGGCACUUCGCUACCAUCAGCAGGCACAACUUGCGAACCGUGCUGGUGCUGGACGGAGAGUCCAAGGUGGACGAGGUGAGACCACAAAGGCAGUUCAUGAAGAUCGUCAGCGACCUGUAUCUUGGAGGAGUGCCUCAAGACAUUCGGACAUCUGCCCUAACACUACCGGCGGUUAAGGAGAUGGCACCGUUCAAGGGGAUUAUUACAGACUUGGGUUAUGGGAAUCAGGUUCCCACACGCCUGGGGAGCCAAAAGGUUCAGUUAGAGAUGGAAGGCUUGUGUACGGAAAACCCCUGUGAAAAUGGAGGAAGCUGCAUCAUGGCUGACGGUGAACCUUACUGUGACUGCUCCAAAACAGGAUAUGUAGGUCAUUACUGUAAUGAAGCUGUCAACCAAACUCCUGGGUUCGCACAUAUGGUGAAGUCUCCGCAAGGCAGAAACAAAGCACGAGAGGAGAAUGUGGCAACGUUCAGGGGUUCGGAGUACUUCUGCUACGACUUGUCUCAGAAUCCAAUCCAGAGCAGCAGCGAUGAGAUCACGUUGUCCUUUAAGACCUGGCAACGCAACGGACUCAUUCUUCACACGGGCAAGUCGGCUGACUACGUUAACCUAGCGCUGAAGGACGGCGCCGUUUCAUUGGUCAUCAACCUGGGCUCAGGAGCCUUCGAGGCCAUCGUUGAGCCUGUAAAUGGAAAGUUCAAUGACAAUGCCUGGCAUGACAUCAAAGUGACACGCAACCUGAGACAGGUGACUAUAUCGGUGGAUGGUAUACUGACCACCACAGGAUACACACAGGAGGAUUACACAAUGCUGGGCUCUGAUGAUUUCUUCUAUGUGGGUGGAAGCCCAAGCACAGCCGACCUGCCUGGAUCUCCAGUCAGCAAUAAUUUUAUGGGCUGCCUGAAAGAGGUGGUCUACAAAAACAACGACAUUCGACUGGAACUCUCUCGCCUGGCCCGCAUUGCAGACCCAAAAAUGAAGCUACAGGGGGAUGUGGUGUUUAAAUGUGAAAAUGUGCCCACCCUAGACCCCAUCUCCUUUGAGACUGCAGAGUCCUUCCUCAGUCUGCCCAAGUGGAACACCAAGCGUGUGGGCUCUAUCUCCUUUGACUUCCGCACUUCAGAGCCCAAUGGAUUAAUCCUCUUCACUCAAGGUAAGCCCCAGGACAAAAAGGACUCCCGCAAUCAGCGGAGCAACAAAGUGGACUUCUUUGCUGUGGAACUUCUAGAUGGAAACCUGUAUCUUCUGCUGGACAUGGGAUCAGGAACUAUUAAAGUCAAAGCCACACAAAGCAAGGUCAAUGACGGAGUCUGGCAUCACGUGGACAUCCAGAGAGAUGGAAGAUCAGGUAUCAUCUCUGUAAACAGCCGGCGAACACCCUUCACGGCCAGUGGAGAGAAUGAGAUUCUAGACCUGGAGGGUGACCUGUAUCUCGGAGGUCUCCCGGACAACCGGGUCGGCUUGGUUCUUCCCACCGAACUGUGGACUGCUAUGCUGAACUAUGGCUACGUGGGCUGCAUCCGUGAUCUCUUCAUCGAUGGACGCAGUAAAGACAUCAAGCAGAUCGCAGAGGCCCAGAAUGGUGAUGGGAUCAAGUCGUCCUGCAGCAAAGUCACAGGCAAACUGUGCAAUAGCAACCCCUGCAAAAACAACGGCAUCUGCAAGGAGGGCUGGAACCGCUUCAUCUGCGACUGCACUGGGACAGGCUACUGGGACCGAACCUGUGAGAGAGAAGCAUCUAUCCUGAGCUAUGACGGCAGUAUGUAUAUGAAGGUGGUGAUGCCUACAGUCAUACAUACAGAAGCCGAGGAUGUUUCUCUUCGCUUUAUGUCCCAGCGUGCGUUUGGCCUGUUGAUGGCUGCCACAUCACGUGAGUCUGCAGACACACUGCGACUAGAGCUGGACAGCGGCCGUGUCAAACUGAUCGUCAACUUAGACUGUGGCAGGAUAAACUGUAAUGCCAGUAAAGGACCAGAGACAUUGUAUGCUGGACAAAAGCUGAAUGACAACGACUGGCACUCAGUCAAAGUGACACGACGUGGUAAAAACCUCAAACUCAUGGUGGAUGAUGAUGUAGCUGAAGGUCAGAUGAAUGGUGACCACACUCGUUUGGAGUUCAGUAACAUUGAGACAGGUAUCCUGACUGAGCGGCGCUUUGCCUCCUCGGCUCCAUCCAAUUUCAUUGGUCACCUGCAGGCCCUGAAGUUCAACGGCCUGCUCUACAUUGACAUGUGCAAGAACGGUGACAUUGAAUUCUGUGAGCUCAAUGCUCGCUUCGGCAUGCGCUCCAUCGUGGCGGAUCCUGUCACCUUCAAGACCAAAGGAAGUUACCUGGGUCUGGCUACACUUCAGGCGUACACCACCAUGCACUUGUUCUUUCAGUUCAAAACCACCUCGGGCGACGGCUUCAUACUCUUCAACAGUGGAGAUGGGAAUGAUUUUAUUGCAGUGGAGCUUGUCAAAGGGUAUAUCCACUAUGUGUUUGACUUGGGAAACGGGCCGAGUCUUCUGAAGGGAAACAGUGACAGUCCGCUCAACGACAACCAGUGGCACAACGUGGUGAUCACUCGAGAUGCCAGCAACACACACAUGCUCAAGGUGGACGCCAAGUCUGUCAGCCAGGUGGUCAGUGGAGCAAAAAAUCUUGAUCUGAAAGGUGAUCUGUUUGUGGCCGGUCUGGGGCCUAACAUGUACCAGAACCUACCAAAGCUGGUGGUUUCUCGUGAGGGUUUCCAGGGUUGCUUGGCUUCCAUGGAUCUGAACGGCCGUCUGCCUGACCUCAUCAAUGACGCUCUGUUUCACAGCGGGCAGAUUGAACGUGGUUGUGAAGUUGGUUUCACCAAAGCUGACCUGCAAGGACCCAGCACCACCUGCCAGGAGGACUCGUGUGCUAACAUGGGCGUGUGCAUCCAGCAGUGGGAGAACUUCACCUGUGACUGCUCCAUGACAUCAUACUCUGGCACACAGUGCAAUGACCCCGGAGCAACGUACAUCUUUGGAAAGGGUGGAGGACUCAUCACGUACACAUGGCCCAAUAACGAGAGGCCCAGUACUCGAACGGACAGACUGGCGGUGGGCUUCAGCACCACCAUCAAGGAUGGGAUUCUGGUCCGCAUCGACAGCGCCCCCAGGCUAGGAGACUACAUCAUGCUCCAUGUCGAGGAAGGAAAGGUGGGUGUAACAUUCAACAUUGGCACGGUGGACAUCAGCGUCAAGGAGUUGAAUACAGAAGUCAACGAUGGGAAAUAUCAUGUGGUACGCUUCACAAGGAAUGGGGGAAACGCCACCUUACAGGUGGACAGCUUGCCAAUCAACGAGCAUUUUCCAUCAGGCAACAGCGACAUUGAGCGUUAUCAAAUGGCUAAUAAGAAAAUCCCGUUCAAAUAUACCCGGCCGGUCGAAGAUUGGCUACAUGAGAAAGGUCGUCAGCUGACCAUUUUUAACACCCAAGCCACCAUCUCAAUAGGCGGUAACGACCGCAAGCGCCCAUAUCAAGGCCAGCUCUCUGGCCUCUAUUACAACGGCUUGAAGGUUCUCAACAUGGCAGCUGAAGGUCAUGCCAACAUCAAGAUAAAUGGCAGCGUGAGACUGGUGGGUGACGUGCCUACCAGUAGAAGUCCAUCCCGCACCACCACCUCCAUGCCCCCGGAGAUGUCCACUACCUUCAUCGAGACCACCACCACCCUGUCAACCACCACCACUCGAAAGCAGCGCUCACCACCCCCCAUUCAGACAACAGAUGACAUUGUGUCUUCAGCAGAAUGUUCCAGCGAUGACGAGGACCUGGAAGAGUGUGACGGCGGACACACAGGAGGGGAGUUAGUCAUUCCCAUUUUAGUUGAGGAUCCCAUUGACAUCCCCCCUGUUUCCACUCGAGCCCCUUUCAUCCCCCUCCCCCCGACCCUUCACCCCGUCCUCACCAUUAUUGAGACCACCAAAGUGUCCCUGUCAAUUGCCACCGAGGUGGGGGUACCUUGCUUGUUGGACCGAGGCAGCGAUGAUUGUGAUGAUGAUGAUGAUGGUGAUGAUGAUGGUGAUGGCUUGGUGAUUUCGGGGUUUGGCUCUGGGGAGGCCAUUGACUCUAGCCUCCCACCCACUGAUGAUGAAGAUUUUUACACCACCUUCUCCCUGGUAACAGAUAAGAUCUUGACCACGUCGACGUACGAAGGUGGCUACAAAGCUCUUGCGCCCAAGUGGGAGGUAAAGGACUUUAAGCCUAGCAAGGCCUCUGAGGCAGGCAGGACUACGGCCAUCCCGCCUCUGCCUGACCUCAGGAGCUCAGCGGCAUCGCCCAUCACGCCUGAGACCGCUCCCAAAAUCCCAGCCGGGAAAAUGAACAACCGUGAGAUCAAACCCCAACCGGACAUAGUGCUGCUACCGCUCCCCACAUCUUACGACACGGAUGGCACCAAACCAAGGGGGCCAUACAUCACCCAGCCCAUGUUGCGCACCAUCCCCAGUGCCCUGCCCACUAUUCCAAGUAUCAGGAGAGUGCCCCCUGGUGCCUCAGAGGUUAUACGAGAGUCAAGCAGCACUACGGGCAUGGUGGUCGGUAUCAUCUCUGCUGCUGCCUUGUGCAUCCUCAUACUUCUCUAUGCCAUGUACAAAUACAGGAACAGGGAUGAAGGCUCCUAUCAGGUAGAUGAAACACGGAACUACAUCAGCAAUUCGGCACAGAACAAUGGCACGGUAGUGAAAGACAAACAGCCCAGCACCAAGGGUGCCGGCAACAAGAGACCCAAAGACAAGGACAAGGAAUAUUAUGUAUAAAACAAAAUUCCACUUCGAGACAGUGAUUUUACACUGAAAAUCCUUUAAGAACUCAAACACAUUGAGUCGAAAUUAACUGAUUUCCAAGUGUUCUGUGAUUUGAAGCUCACUUUAAACUGUAAGCAUAGGGAGAAGGCAAAUGGGACUUUGGGGACCUUGAUACCUUACUUUCUGUCUGGUUGUGGGACAAUGUCAGUGUAAAAUAUCUCAUUGUUACAUUGUUAUCCCUCAAGUGACUUUCUGAUGUAAAAAAUCAUUGGUGUAAAAAAAGACAAAAGAAAAAAAAAAGCAACCCUCGUCCAUUGUAACCCUGUACAAAAAAAGAAUGGUCAUGGUCAUGAAUUUGGGCAUGCAUGUGACGUGUGUGAUGUAGUACUGAUAUCUUUGCAAAGAGGAGAACAAGAGGAUGAGUUGUGAUCUGGAGAUGCAAAGUGGGAACAUUUUCCAUAAAAACAGUUAUUUUCUAACCCAUGCUGGUGAUGUGUCAUUAGACAAACAGUAUGUUUUUUUUUUGUUUGUUUGUUUUUUUGUUAGAAUGUUUUAGGGGUUUACUGUGGGAAAGGACAGAUUAACAUUUUUUGUAUUUUUAUUAACACUUUUUUUCUUCAUUAACACAAUCAUUUUCCUUUUUCCUUUUCCUUUGCUUUUGCUUUUAUUUCUGUCCUUUUCUCUUCUGAUGUCUGUUAAGGACUGAUUUGUUUUAACAUUCAUAUUCUGAAUGAGCUCUGCCAUGUGUAGCCAGAUUCACCUAAAAGAUGUCCGUCCUUUACAAAUAGAAAAAUGAGACGUUCUUUAUUAAAUGCAGGAUUUUCCUUUCAAUCCUGACUCUGUUUGAAUGCUUAAGUCAUUUGCUACACACACACACACACACACCUCUCACAUGAUAUAGAGCAACUGUGAGGGAAUCAAUCUACAGUAAUGUCAGAAUGAGAGCUGAAAUAUGAAUUAAUUUGCAGAAGACGAAUCCAAUGUGGACGAGUAUAUAUGUCGUUGUCACAGUCAGCUGUGUCAAACAAUAAAUAUGUUUACAUAUUUUAUUACAUUAUAACUGUGGUAAUUUGUAGCUCAUUAUUGUACACAAGAGUUGAUUUUGAGAUUUUCAUACGCUUUCUGUACAAAUUGAACAUCUAGUUUAGUUUAUUGUAGCACAUUAUGGACAACCCUAAAGUUAAAAUGAUCUUUUGACAGAUAUUGAGGGAGAAAGUCUAUGCAUAAAGUGUUAUGAAAGAGUAUUGUUUGGUUUAUGUUUCAAGGGUGUUCCUAAGUCAGACAUGUGAGAACUGUAAGACGGCAAUUGAUUGAAAUCGCCCUCCAUACAUAUAAAGGCUCGGCAUUACUGGUUAUUUUACUACUGCUUCUUGUUUUUUAUUUCAACAAGGUUAUGAGAGCUCACAUAAUAAAGGUGGAUAAUGGAUUGAAUUCAUACUGCCGCCACAUUACUGCAGUUUUGAAUGAUUUGUUUUUAGUCUGUGUUUCAUUCUGUGUAUUUAUGAUUUUUUUGAUCAUGUUUAGCUGUUGUCGUGCAGUCUUUAGGUUUGUCAAUUUCUGAACAUUCGUGCUGGCUGUAGUUGGAAUUUUGCAUCUUUUCUACUUUUGUUUAUUUAUUCUCUUUUGUCGUCAUCAGCACUUAGAUUUCCGUGCAGUCAUUUUGAUUAUUGUUUUCAAUCCUGACUUUUAGCUAUGUCCAGCAAUAAAAUGUU